UAGCAUGAAAGCAGCCAUAGACAAUACAUAAACCAAAGAAUGUGGCUGUGUUCCAAUAAAACUUUAUUCAUGGAAAGAGGCUGAGGGCCAGAUUUGACCCUUAAGCUGUAAUGUUCUGACCUCUAGUUUCAACCAAGAUCUGAACAUCCCUCUGUUAUUUACAUCAGUCACCCCCAAAUUCAUCUGGAACCUGGAUGUUGUGGACCCCCAGCCUGACCCCUUUUUCCCCUGUCUGGUCUCUGUUCUGGGUUCUGCCUGAGAGCCCAAGAAGGAGGCACCUGGUUGUUCAUGGUAUCUGGUUCAUUUCUCCAGAGCAGGAGGAGGCAGCCGCAGAGGAGGUGGAAGGUGAGGCUGAGGCUGAGGAUGAGACUGAGGAGCCCAAGGCAGAAGAAGAUGAACAAGAAGAGGAGGCUAAAGAGGCUGAAGAUGGUCCAGUGGAGGAGUCCAAACCCAAGCCCAGGCCCUUCAUGCCCAACUUGGUGCCACCCAAGAUCCCCGAUGGAGAGAGAGUGGACUUUGAUGACAUCCACCGGAAGCGCAUGGAGAAGGACCUGAAUGAGCUGCAGACACUGAUAGAGGCUCACUUUGAGAACAGGAAGAAGGAAGAGGAGGAACUCAUCUCACUCAAAGACAGGAUUGAGAAACGGCGAGCUGAGCGGGCCGAGCAGCAGCGCAUCCGCAAUGAGCGGGAGAAGGAGCGUCAGACCCGUCUGGCUGAGGAGAGGGCCCGGCGAGAGGAGGAGGAGAACAGGAGGAAGGCUGAGGAUGAGGCCCGGAAAAAGAAGGCUUUGUCCAACAUGAUGCAUUUUGGAGGAUACAUCCAGAAGACGGAGCGGAAGAGUGGGAAGAGGCAGACGGAGCGGGAAAAGAAGAAGAAGAUUCUGGCUGAAAGGAGGAAGGUGCUGGCCAUCGACCACCUGAAUGAAGAUCAGCUGAGGGAUAAGGCCAAGGAACUGUGGCAGAGCAUCUACAACCUGGAGGGGGAGAAGUUUGACCUGCAGGAGAAGAUCAAGCAGCAGAAAUACGAAAUCAAUGUUCUCCGAAACAGGAUCAAUGAUAACCAGAAAGUCUCCAAGACCCGCGGGAAGACCAAAGUCGCCGGGCGCUGGAAGUAGAGGUAGCAGCCUUCUCAGGGGCCGAGCCUCCUCCACUGAAGAUCUGCUCCUCACUCGCACCCCUGCCUCUGCACGCCCCUUAGCUCCCCACUCCACCCCCCCCCCCCACCGGGGACAUGAGGUGGAUUCUGUCCGGAAACUGGAAGCCAGCCAAGCUGGACGCCGCCACUCACGCCUGGCCCCCACAUGCCCACACCUACACCAGAAUAAAAAGCCACCACACACCAAAUGGCAUCUCUGUCACUUCCCUUUCUGAGGGAGAGGGUCUGAAGGGAGACCCCAGUCUCCCAGGGCAUCAGGGUGGACAGGAGAGACUCAACACAGGGCCCUGGUCUCUGCAAAACUUUGCAGAGCUCUCUCCAUCU